GCAAGACAAGACAUUCGGAUUACUUCUCAAUUUGAACUCAAGCUACAAUGGUGUUAUCAAGGCUAUUCUAAGAGAAUCUAAGCUUCCAAGCUUUGAAGAAGUAUGCUCAAGAGUUCAAAAGGAAGAGGGAUCAAUCGGAUUGUUUGAUGGGAAGAAGGAGUUAGUGACGGCAAAUAAGGGUGUAUUCAAGCAAGAGGAUCGACGGCUCAUGGUGUGUGAACACUGUCACAAGAAAGGCCAUUUCAAGGAUAAAUGUUGGAUACUUCAUCCUCACUUGAAACCGGCAAAAUUCAAAGAGAUGAAAGCUGCCAACUUUGCUCAAGAAGGAGAGCAGGCCGAGA